UACUAUCUAAAUUUAAGAUUCUUGUAAUUAAAAAAAGUUCUGGUUUAUUCCUUAUCGUAAAAUCACUAAUAGAAUACAUGACCCUUACAUUAUGUUUGAAUUACCUUCCAAAAGGACUGGAGGGUGAUUGAAUUAUUCGAGAGGAUCAUUCUAUUAGAGAGGAGGCAUUUAAAUGGAGGGGUGGGCUUGGAGGCUAUUAGAGAUCUUACUUCAUCAUAAUUUACAGGAAGUCGAUGCUGUACACCUUGAGAAUGUUGACGGUGAAGGGAAAAGCUUAGAGCGACUACUAACUCGAAAUAAAAGGAGUAAUGGUCGUUGGACUGCACAACAAGUUAUUGAAUGCAUUUUUGCUAUAUUCCUUCCACCCGUUGCAAUUAUUAUUCACGGAGGACGUGAAUGGGUUUUACAUUUUAUCAUAAAUAUUGUUUUGACUAUUAUUGGAUGGAUUCCUGGAGUUAUACACGCACUUUGGUAUUGCUUCUUUAGCUGA